UAUCUACCCGACAACCAACGGACAGAAAAGACAACUUUUAGAACUCAAAUCAGUCAAAGAAUUUCAAAUCUAUUGCACAUUAGCUAUGUCGGACUCCAUCAUCAGGGGGAUCAUUCGUAACGUACCAAUCAACAACUCAGAUGAAGAACUCGCAGAACUUCUGGCAGAUCAGGGAGUCACCAAAACCCAAAGAUUUUCAUCCAUGUCAGAUAAUGGGACCAAAGUACCAUCCCAAACGGUUACACUCUUCUUCAACACACCAUCUCUCCCACGAGAAGUAGUAAUAGCCCACGAAAUAUUCCAGGUUAAACAAUUCAUCCCACGACCAGCCCUCUACAGAAGAUGCUGGAACUUUGGCCAUCCUGAGGAAUUCUGCAAAACAAAACAAUCAUGUAAAUACUGCUCACUCCACCACCCACUUGAUCCCACCUGCCUUAACCCAUCUAAAUGCCCCACUUGCGGAAUACCUGGACAUGCAGCGGGAACAACAGAAUGCCCCAUCUUCCAGAAUAAACAAAAAAUAAUAAAGUUCGUCUACGAAAACAAACUACCCAUAGGGGAAGCCAGCAAGCUUCUCAGCAAACCGCAAAGCAUGAAACCGAUCAGCAUCCCGAACAUGGCCACAACCGCUAAAAACGACAUCGAUCUGGACAACAUCAAGCAAGAAAUCAACCACCUAAGAUCCCAAAUCCUCCUCCUUAAAAACCACCAACCACCUGAACACACAGAAGCCAGACUCUCAACCCUUGAAAAUACAGUCGAAAUUAUGAAGAAACAAAUUGCUCCACUAGUUAACCUCCCAGAAAAAGUCAACAACUUACAAAAGAACAUGGAUUCCGGCUUCGAAGCCACACACAACCAAUUAGAAACGCUGAUGAAUCUGGUGAAGGAGAGCCUGACACUGAAUAACAAUGAUCGCCCACCACCAAAACCACCCCACACGAUAGACCGCCGAGCAACAACAACAACAAACAAGAAAUGGCUGGAUCGAUAAAAAUUAUUCAAUGGAACGC